AUGUCUCUGCCAGUCGGAACAUUCAGCCUUAGCUUUCUACCUGUGGCAGGCACAUUUGCACCUGCAUUUGCAGCCUACUUCGUCCUGCUUAAUCUUCGAGUAAGUCUGGUUCGACAGUCUGCCAACACAUAUAUUGGCGACGAAGUUCAGCAGAAUGCUGCCAGUGGCAGCAAACCAGGUCCUGAUACGACGAAACCGGAUUUGGACCAGUCAAAAACGUUGUUAAUCGCAUCGCGAAGCCACGGCAACUUCGUCGAAAACGUCCCGUUUGCAUUGCUGGUCGCCUCUGUAGCUGAAGCAAACGGAGCCGGUCGUGGAACAUUGAUCGGGGCUCAUGCUCUCUUGUUCUUCUUCAGAGUUGCACAUGUCGAAUAUGGCAUCCGCGCAAAGGAUUCUCUGGGCUGGGGCAGACCUGUGGGUUAUUUUGGGACACUGAUCUGGAUAGCCAGCAUGUCGGCUUAUGCUGCUUGGUUGGCUGGUCCACGAUCAAUUUUGGCGUUUUAA